AUGCCACGCAGAUAUUGCUAUCAGCGCAUGCACACUUUUGCUGAGCGCCAGAAGGAGGUGACGACCGUCCGUGAGCGCUUCCCGCAGCACAUUCCGAUCGUUUGUGAACCUGCAUCAAGUGACACGGCGCUGAAUGCGGGCCCAAUUUCAGAGCGCUGUCGUGUACUGCGAGACUUGGACUGUAGCAAGUUUCUCGUGCCUGGCGAUGCAUCCAUGCAGCAGCUCAUGGUUCUUUUGCGUGGUCGAUUGGUGCUUGAUGCAGAACAGGCGAUUUUUUUGUUUAUAGAUGAUGCUGUUUUACCAAAUAGUGCCUGCGUUGGCGACCUCUAUGCGCAGAGGAAGGACAUUGAUGGAUUUCUGUACAUGACAUACAGCAUUGAGAGCGCUUUUGGAGGCAUGUACGUGCGGCGGAGGCGGAAGUAG